AUGGCGCGCCCGCGGCCCCGCGAGUACAAGGCGGGCGACCUGGUGUUCGCCAAGAUGAAGGGCUACCCUCACUGGCCGGCGCGGAUCGAUGAACUCCCAGAGGGAGCGGUGAAACCUCCAGCCAACAAGUACCCCAUCUUCUUCUUCGGCACCCAUGAAACUGCGUUUCUUGGCCCCAAAGACCUUUUCCCAUACAAAGAAUACAAAGACAAGUUUGGAAAGUCCAACAAACGGAAAGGAUUUAAUGAAGGAUUGUGGGAAAUCGAGAAUAACCCCGGAGUCAAGUUCACUGGAUACCAGGCCAUUCAGCAACAGAGCUCGUCAGAAACGGAGGGCGAAGGCGGCAACACGGCGGACGCCAGCAGCGAGGAGGAAGGGGACAGAGCGGAAGAGGACGGGAAAGGCAGGAGGAAGAGCGAAAAGGCCGGCUCGAAGCGGAAAAAGGCCUACACCUCCAAGAAAUCUUCCAAACAGUCCCGGAAGUCCCCGGGGGACGACGACGACGAUGACAAGGACUGCAAAGAAGAGGAGAACAAAAGCAGCUCGGAGGGCAGAGACUCCGGCAACGACACGAGAAACACGGCCUCAGACUUGCAGAAAACCAGCGAAGGGACCUAA